UAUUAGAAUGACAAGAGCUUUAAUAGAAGAGAGAUAAAAUGUCCAGACACUCCUUGAUUGCCACCCGAAUGAUCUCAAUCAGUAUCAAAAAAUAACUAAUAGACCAAAAGGCAGCUGAAAAAUCCAGAUCUCUUGUGAGAACCACUGAGCGAAGAAGACGAAAGAUUGCCUCCUUGGUCGCAGCGACAGCAGUGGUAGAAACUGAAAGGAGGGUGGUGGCUCUUUUAAUGGCGGAUUCCAUGCCCAUGGCUUUCUCCAUGACGUUGACGUCCUUGGAAAUAAUUGGCGUUCUUGAAACGUUCCCAUCUUGACAGAACUCAGAACCCCAUCAGGAAUAGCAUACACGGAUGUUAUGCUAAAAAGGAAAGGAGAGAAGGAUUGAGAAAGGAGGACAAGAAAAAAAGAAAAAGCAGCAGCAGCAGCAGCAUCGAAAAUGUGUUAGCCUAGAAAGUCUCAACACGAGAUGAGACCCUGCAAAUGAAGAAAGUCGAUUCAUUCAAACCAAUAAAAGACUUUGAAGCGAAGAGGACAGAGCAGGUGAAAGGUGAAGUAGCAGGACAGGAGCCUCAAAUCAAUUCGUGUUUGAUUUUGCCAUCAAGUUCCGAUUUUGAGCGAGCUGGUGGAGGAUUUCACGUUGGUUUCGAAGUAAAGUUUGAAUCUUGGGAAUUCUGUGUGCGAUCUGAAUCCGGAAUCGCUCGAGGUGAUGAAUUACUUCGCUCAAGCCGACGAUGCAUCCGUUUUUUUGUUCGCCGAUGGAGCGGCGCGGAAUCCAGCGAAGAGAGGGAGAGAUUCCACGGAGGCCCCGGCGGCGGCGCCGGUGCUGCAGAGCCACCUUUCGUACCUGCAACCGCACCCGCCGCCUGUGAGCCACUUUCAGCUUCAGGCCUGCUUGCCUCCUCUCGUCUCCACCGGCAUUGGCCUCUCUGUUGAGGAACAGCGCCUACAGAAGAACCAGCAGUCGUCCAACUCCUUCCUCUCCGGUGAUCUCGCUGUCUGUGUUGAUCAGCAGAAGGACGAAAUCGAGCGCUUUCUUUACGAUCAAGGAGAGCACCUGCGGCGAACGUUGGAGAGGAGGCAGAGGAGCAUCUGUUCUUUAUUGGUCGCCGCGGAGAAGUCGGCCGCGCUGCGGCUACGGGAGAAGGAGGAGGACGUCGAGCGGGCGGCGCGAAGAAGCGCCGAGCUGGAGCACCACGUCGCUCGCCUCCUGACAGAAUUGAUGAUUUGGCAAGAGAGAGUCAAGGCCGGGCAUGCAGAAGUAGCCUCCCUCCACGCCCAGCUCCAGCAGGCCGCCGCUGCGCUACAUCCGGCGAAGAGCGGUGACUCGGCCGAAUCGGCCUUUAGUGGCGUGAACCGAGUGGAGCCUGAGAGAGCGUGUCGCGCCUGCUGGUGCCGGCCGGCGUCGGUCGUCAUCUUCCCCUGCCGUCAUCUAUGCCUCUGCGAAGUGUGCGAUGGUGGCGGGUCGGCAGACCCGUGCCCGGUUUGCCUAUGUGCCAGAACCGGUGGGGUCCGAGUCCAAAUCCCUUGAUAUUUCCAAUCCAAGCAUCUUAAAUUCUUUAUCAAAGUAUCCGAAAAAACAAUACGGAGGAAACAGAAUUAGAUAACUUGUUGAAUUUCCCCUAUUUCUUUUCUGGAUUGAAAAACUUUUUUUUUUUUUUAAUUAUCGGAGCAAAAGGCCAACGUCACUUUUAGUUU